UACGAUUUAACCUGGAGGUGCCUACACGCUUGAUCGAAAAAUCUAAUCACCUAUUAACUUGGGCGUUGGAUCAUUUUGAAGACAUCACAAAGCACAAAAUAGGAAAAUUUAGUAGAGGCGAAGAAUAUUAUAUUCCAAGAAAUGUAAUAGAUAAAAUUCGAUGUUUAAAUGGAAAAAACAUUAAACUUGCUAUAGAACAAAAUGUAGAAGAUAAUAUUAUUCUACCACGUUGUUAUAAAAAAGCAAAAGUUGAAUAUCGCUAUUGUUUGUCAUGUCGAAUCGCUACUCAUGAUAUGUUACAUUUUCAUCCACUCUUUCACGGAUCAUUGUGUGAUAAUUGUUUUGAAAAAGUAAAACGUUUUCUGAUGCCUAUCGCUGCGAGUGAUAAUUCUAAUCCCGUUUGUUGUGUUUGCGUUUCUGUUGAACAUAAUGAAUUAGUUUUAUGUGAUACUUGUGUUCGAUCUUAUUGUACAGUUUGCUUAAAUAUUUAUUGUGGCCAAUCGGGUCUUAAAGAAAUACUUCGGAAAGAUCCAUGGAGUUGUUUUUCUUGUAACGAACACCCCGACACAAUUAUAAGUGGAUUACUUAGGCGAUCAAAAGCCGAACAACUUCAAAAUAUUUAUAACUUGUAUCCGAUUGGACUAGAAAAAAUUGAAAUAAACAUACAAGAAACACAUAUUUUAGCUUUGGAAGACAAAUGUGCCAUUGUUGCUAAAGUUGUAGAAACACUUAAGUGGCAGCAUAAAAUAUACAACACCUGUGAUCACUUUUCUCCUGCUAUAUUAGAGAAUGAGAACUCUAUGUUGUUUGACGAACAAAAUGAAAAACUUAUAGUUACUACAGAUAAGAUAAAAGAAUGGUUUCCUAUUGGCAUAUUAAUUAAAUAUUUCCCAAACUGUGGUGACGAAGAUGAAAUAAACAAAUUUGAUGAAAAUGGUGUUUUGGAAGAGUUUUUUGAUUUUAUAAGGGUUAAAAAUAUUAUUGAAAAUGUACAAAGUGAUAAUUCAAAUAUAUUAUUAUGGGCGUUUGAAACAAGUGCUUCGAUAUCAUACUUAGAGCAUAAUAUUAUAUCUAGGUUCUGUGAUGGCAGACAACCAAUACUUUUAGGUAUGCCAGUUAAAAAUGUUAGACACAGAGGCAGAUUUAUUUGGACAAAUAUAUCAUUACAGAAUAUUGAAAAAUUUCAAAGAGUUGACUUAUUCCUAAGACAUUUGAAGGUUGACAAAAAUUUUGAAGAUCAAGAUCCAAGUUCAUCAUGGCGCAACAACUCUGUUUAUUCUGUACUCAGUAGCAUAAAACAAGCAAUUCUUUAAUUCUUUUUUUUAAUCUUGUAAUUUUAAACUAUUUUUAUUUUUAAGAAGUACAGCAUACUAUUAGAAAAUACACAUCUAAUAAUUUGUUUAAGCUAAUAUGUUAUUUUAGCUAUUUGCUUAAUUUUGUAUUUAUAUUUUUUAUCUUUUAUGUACUAAUUUUUUUA